CGCCGAGGGGCCGACGCUGCAACUGGACUGAGUGCGGCAAGGGCGAGAGCAUCGAGAGAGCCGAGCGAGGGCGAGCAGACGACGCAGCGCAGCACGGCUUGCGCUGCCUACGCCUGCGCCGAGCUCUCAUGCAGCGGCCUCGCCCUCGCGCAGCGGCCUCGGAGGCUUCUGGCUGUGGGCCGCCCUCGGCCUACAUAUGCUGGCCCCUCCGUCGCAGCCUCCUCGCAUCCCUCCCCCACUCUUUCAUCUUCUCAUCGUCUCCUAGGCACGCGCGUUGAUCGCCGGACCGUCUCUCUUACUCCUUCUGAUCGCUUCUUCUUACUCCUGGCCCAACUCUCUGCUCCGGCGCUUUGCUCUCGGCCCUCUCUCACUUCAGCCAACUUUCUUCACUCUCUCAACUCGAGGCCGGUCCUCUUCUCUCAGUACUCUCGCACCUGCAUCCGCCAGCAUGUUCUUCUCGCUGCCCCUCGCGUUCCUCGGUGUCGCCGGCGUGCUCGCGGCGCCCAUGCCGCUCGACUCGCGCGGCCUCGUCACCGGCGCCAAGGCCAACACGACGGCCGGCGGCGUGGCGCCGCUCGGCCCCUCGUCGCUGGACGUCUUCCCCGCCGGCGGCAACUGCACCACGUCGUGGAGUCCGGCGCCGCUCGACGGCAAGGUGCCGUGGAACAACAUGACGAUCAGCCUCAUGACGGGGCAGAACGCCAACAUGACGACGCUCGCCACCGUCGCCAGCGGCAUCGACGGCACCAACGCGUGGGCGACCAAGUACACGUUCGAGUGUCCCGACGUGCAGCCGUACAGCCAGAUCUACUUCCUGCAGUUCAGCAAUGGCUACGACCCCAUGGCGUCGCAGUGGACGACGCGCUUCACCAUCGCCUCGCCGCGUGGCGAGACGACGCCGCCCGAGUUCGCCACGCAGCCGACCGGCGAGGCCGUGCCGUGGGGCAACGGCCGCCUCGUCACCGACAGCAAGGGCGACAUUCCCGGCGCCACCAAGGCCUCCAAUGCCAGCGCCCAGGGCACGGCGGCCAAGUCGGCCUUUGCCUCCAUCUUCGCCACGCCCUCGGCCGCCGUCAAGGCAAAGGCGGCGUACACGAGCGGCGCCGAGCCGCGCGCGCUCCUCUCCGCCGCCGGCAUGGCCAUGGCCGCCGUCGCCGGUGCAGCAGUGCUGCUGUAGAGUCCCCUCCCACCCUCGCACAUACCACCAAUACAUCAUCACCUAGCA